AUGGCUCCCAAGGAAGAGGAGGUGCCUGUGUUCAUGCAGGGCAAGAGCAAGCUGGAACUGAAGGCCGAGAAGGCGGCCGCCAAGGCGGCGCGCAAGGCUCAGAAGGAGCCCAAGGCAGGAAAGGACCAGAACGGCGGCCUGCCCCACAGCAUGAGCGAGAUGAGCCUGGCCAGCAACGCCACGGAUGCCACUUUCUCCAUGCGCACGGUCACGGGCGUGCUCGCGUCGCGGCCGACAGCAAGGGACAUCAAGAUUGCGGGCUUCACCAUGGGCCUCAACGGCGUGGAGCUCAUCAAGGAGUGCUCCAUCGAGCUCACCAUCGGGCGGCGGUACGGCCUCAUCGGGCAGAACGGCAGCGGCAAGACCAACUUCCUGCAGUGCAUCGCAAACCGGGAGGUGCCCAUCCCCGACCACCUGGACAUCUACCACCUGCACCAGGAGGCUGAGCCCAGCGACAUGACCGCGCUGGAGGCCGUGAUCGACCACAUCAAGAAGGAGCUCGCUAACCUGCAAAAGCAGGAGGAGACGAUCCUGGAGACGGUGGGCCCCGAGGACGAGCGGCUGGAGCAGAUCUACGAGCGCAUAGAGGAGCUCGACCCCGCCACGUUCGAGGCGCGUGCGGCGGAGCUGCUUCACGGCCUGGGCUUCAGCCGUGCCAUGAUGGACCGCAAGACCAAGGACAUGAGCGGCGGCUGGCGCAUGCGCGUCGCGCUCGCGAGGGCGCUGUUUGCGUCCCCCACUCUGCUGCUGCUGGCCCCAUCACUCGUCGCAGGGCUGCGGCGCCGCAUGUAG